AUGGAGCAGGACGGCCAGCAGAUCCGCCACGACAAGCUCAUCAUCGACACGGAUCCGGGCAUCGAUGAUAGCAUGACGAUCCUAAUGGCGUUCAGAGCACCUAGUCUGGAAAUCAUUGGGCUCACGACCAUAUUCGGCAACGUCGACACAGAGGGCGCAACACGUAAUGCGCUAUUGCUGUGUGAGAGAGCAGGACACCCUGAAGUUCCUGUAGCAGAGGGAAGCCACGAGCCCCUAAAGGGAGGAAAGCCCCGUAUUGCUGAUUUCGUUCAUGGGUCAGAUGGCAUUGGGAAUCUGUUUCUUCCUGCACCCUCUGCUAAGAAGGUUGAGGAAAGUGCUGCUGAUUUCCUGGUUAAUAAGGUCUCUGAGUUUCCAGGAGAGGUCUCUGUGCUUGCUUUGGGACCCCUGACAAAUGUAGCAUUGGCCAUCAAAAGAGACCCUUCUUUUGCAAGCAAGGUGAAGAAAAUAGUUGUACUGGGUGGAGCUUUCUUUGCUGCUGGAAGAGUCAACCCUGCUGCUGAAGCAAAUAUCUAUGGAGACCCAGAAGCAGCUGACAUAGUUUUUACUUCAGGAGCAGAUAUCAUUGUGGUUGGCAUUAACAUAACAACACAAGUCUGCUUCACAGAUGAGGAUCUCUUGGAGCUAAGAAACUCGAAAGGGAAGCAUGCACCGUUGUUAUCUGAGAUGUGCAAGUUCUACAGGGAUUGGCAUGUCAAGUCUGAUGGCUUCCAUGGAAUUUUCCUUCAUGAUCCUGUGAGCUUCACUGCUGUACUUCAUCCUGAGUACUUCACAUUCAAGAAGGGUGUGGUGAGGGUGGAGACCCAGGGCAUUUGCACUGGCCACACUUUGAUGGAUCAGGGAUUGAAAAAGUGGAAUUCAGAGAACCCAUGGUCAGGGUAUAAACCAAUUUCAGUUGCAUGGACGGUUGAUGUGCCAAAUGUUAUCAGCUUUGUAAAGAAGCUGCUCAUGGCACCAUGA